AGCUUGUUUUCCCCCGGGUCUCCUCUGUGCUCCGCGGCUCCUCCAGUGUUUUCCUCCCCUCCCCCGGUCAUUCCGUCGGUGUUCCUCCGUUCACACGCUGGAGAGUCAGGCUUUAUUAACCAUGAGGACGAGCGGAGCGGAAGGAGCCCGUUGAGACCAUGAGAAGAUGAAGCCGCUGCUGUGGGUCGUUGUUGUUGCUCUGCGGACUCUUACUGGGAGCUGUGGGAGCGGCGUGCUCUUCACGAAGCACCCGUCCAAUCAGACGGUGUCUCAGGGGAACCAGGUGAGGCUGGGCUGCGCUGUGGAAGGCCUGACCGAGCCGGACAUCAUCUGGAUGAAGGACGGGGAGAAGCUGUACAGCACGGAUCAGGUCUUCCUCAUCCUGGGAGAGCAGCACUGGGAGACGUCCCACAGUGUGAAGUCAGUCCAGCAGCAGGAUGCUGGUCAGUAUUGGUGUGUGGUGGAGUCCCACGGUCAGAUGUUCGCCUCUGAACGAGCCUGGAUAACAGUUGAAGGCGUCCCUCACUUCAUCCAGGAACCUCAGGAUGUGGCGACGUUCCCCAGCAUCCCCUUUGACCUCUCUUGUGCCGCUGUCGGCCCCCCUGAGCCUGUGGAAGUUCUGUGGUGGCUGGGAGGAGUCCAGGAGGGAGGACCCCAACAAUCCCCCUCUGUCCUCCAUGUCCCAGGUGUGAACAGCAGCAUCAAGUUUUACUGCGAGGCGAAGAACGCCAGAGGAAUCUCUGUGUCCAGAACCGGAACCGUCCACAUUAAAGUGUUGCCAGCAGCUCCGGUGGACCUGCAGCUUCUCAGGAUUACAGACAACAACGUUACAUUGUCAUGGAAACCAGGAUUCAUGGGUUACUCCCAACUGUCCACCUGUGUGAUUCAGGUGGUGCGGGUGUCGGGGCGCCGGUGGAACCUCCCCCAGCAGGAGGUGCAGGUUCCUCCUCACAUCCACACGCUAACAGGCCUGAGGAGUCACUCCAACUACAGCCUGAGGGUCUCCUGUGUGAACGAGGUGGGAGCCUCCCCGUUUUCCCCGUGGCUGACCUUCAUCACCCCGGAGUCAGUGCCCUCUGUGGCCCCCAGGAACCUGAGCUUUGAGCUGUCAGGGCAGCAGCUGUCUCUGCAGUGGGCCAGGCUGAAGGAGGAUGAGCUGCAGGGGAAACUGCUGGCCUACAAGCUGCAGUGGACUCAUGGAGGAGAACCUCAGGAACCUCUGCUGUUUAAGCAGAACUCUACUCCGAUGUUGGACGCAGCCCGUUUCUUCAACGCCUCCAUCCAGGUGGCAGCCUGCACCGCGGUUGGCUGUGGACCCUGGAGCCCCCCGGUGCUGGUGAUGCCUGCCUCAGCUCCUGUCCAGGUGCAGCGGAGCCGCAUGUGGGUGGGGCUGCUGCUCGGCCUGCUGGUGGCCACCAUCGUUGGGCUGCUGCUCACCAUCGCAGCUCAGCGCAGAGAGAAGGAAACAAAGUUUGGUUCAGCCUUUAAGGCUCCUGGUCCAGAGAGUUCGGUGUUCUUCACUGCGGCUCGGUCGUUCAGCAGAAACGUGGCUGAUCUGCACGAGUCCACCUUGGACAGUCUCUGCAUCAGCAGUGAGCUGAAGAACAAGCUGCAGGAUGUGUUGAUUUCAGAGAGACUUCUUACUCUGGGCCACAUGCUGGGAAAAGGUGAGUUUGGCUCAGUGCGUGAAGCCAUUCUGAAGACUGAUGACUCAUUGAUGCAGAAGGUGGCUGUCAAAGUGUUGAAAUCUGACAUCACCUCUUCAGGUGACAUUGAACAGUGUCUAAAGGAGGCUGCAUAUAUGAAGGACUUCCACCAUCCUAAUGUCAUCAAGCUCAUUGGAGUGAGUCUGCACCGGCGUCCUGCCCAGCGGCUGCCAAUCCCAAUGGUGGUCCUGCCGUUUAUGAAGCACGGGGAUCUGCACACCUUCCUGCUGUUGUCCCGUUUGGGGGAUGACCCAUUUGACCUCUCUCUCCAGACUCUGGUGCAGUUCAUGCUGGACAUCGCUCGGGGGAUGGAGUAUCUGAGCAGCAAGAGCAUCAUCCACAGAGACCUGGCCGCCCGAAACUGCAUGUUGAACGAGAACAUGUCUGUGUGUGUGGCAGACUUUGGGCUCUCUAAGAAGAUCUAUAGUGGAGAUUAUUACCGUCAGGGCUCCGUUUCCAAACUGCCUGUCAAGUGGAUCGCUCUAGAGAGCUUGGCAGACAACGUGUACACCACUCAGAGCGAUGUGUGGGCGUUUGGUGUAACAAUGUGGGAGAUCAUGACCCGGGGUCAGACUCCAUAUCCUGGAGUGGAAAACUCUGAGAUCUAUGAGUUUCUGAUCAAAGGAGAGCGUCUGAAGAAACCUGCAGACUGCAGAGAGGACAUUUAUGAGAUCAUGCACAGCUGCUGGAGCCCAGUCCCCAAAUGCCGUCCCAGUUUCCCGCAGCUGGUCGCUCAACUGGAGGCGCUGCACCUGGCCCUGUCCCCGGUCGCCCCUCUGAAGGAGUCUUUGCUCUACGUCAAUCUGGAAGAGGAUAACAGCGAGACGGACAGAGAGGAAGGAGCCGUGGGGGUCCUGGGGAUACUGGGACCGGAGACCGCAGUGGAGGGCUCCAGCUGGAGCGUCCCCUGGCAGCGCCGGGCAGAGGACGAGGAAAAGGACUGGCUCAUGGUGGGCUCUGGGGCUGCGCUGGCCAUCGGAGGGGACUACAGGUACAUCAUGGGGCCCUGUGGAGCUAUCGCUGAAGAAGCCGAGGAGGUGGGCUCGGUGGAAAGAAGAGGGGAUUUAGCAAACGGACCAGUUGAUGAGCUACGGGACGAAGACGAUGACGUUGUAAUUAACGUUUGAUCGAUGGACCUGGCAUGGCCCAGAUUUGCUCCUCUCUCCUGAUCGGCUGUUCACUUUAUUUCUCAGAGCAGCUGCAGUCGGUAGAGACCAGGUAAGGUACUAAUGGACCAACUCUCCCAGGCAAAGUGACCUUCAUCUGUUGCCAGCACACAUUCCUGGCAUGUUGUUGAGUGAGUCAGUGGUUGAGGAGCUCAGAAUCUCUGAGUCGUUUCAGAGAUUUGUUUGUAAAAGGAGGAAAUAUUUCUUUGGUUCCAGCUUCUGAGGCAGAAAAAAUUAACUUAAAUACCUUAGUUUUUCGCUAGUUUAUCAUGAGGUCAAUAAUAGGAAUAAACAGUUUGAAAACAUUUCUCACUCUGAGAGCCGCUAACCACCCGCUAUACGUUUGGUGAAAUAAUUACUAGAGAAAUCAGCUGGUGAUUCUCAGAGUCGGAUGAUUUUCAUCUGACCAGAGGCUGGCUAAAAAACGACAUCUUUUUAGGUUCAGUAAAUGCACCAUGAUGUGGAGGCCGUUACUUGUGGCAAGAACUCAAAAUUAGCUGAUUUCAGUCACUGUGAAGAGUGAAGAAGCACAGAGGUGGAAGAAGCUACUUAUAAGGAAACAGUGUUUUUUUACAAUUCAUCAAUGUCUGCAUAGAGGGAGAGAUGUUCAGCAGACCGCUUGAACAGAAAACAAGCAAAUGGUUUCCGUUGAUCUUUUUGAGUUUUCCGUGUCUGUUGUAAAUAGUAAAGCCAUAGAGUUUUCUCUACAAUAUUCCGUUCAUGACUACGAUAACUGGUGCUAAUUCCUAAUCCAAGUUUAAGAUUUUUUAGCAAAAAAUGGUAAAAAAAUGUUAGCUUGAUGACAUGCAGAACUCAGCUAAUUUAAAUAAUGACUCGUGAUGACAGGGAGGGUAGAAAAAGUGCUACAACAGCAAUUUAGAAAUGACUGAAAUCGGGAUAAGCGUGUAAAAACUCCAGAGAAGAAAUCGGCCACAGAACUGUGAUCUGUGGAUCUGUGGAGGGUAACUGUCACUGGUAAACCGUGAUACUGACGGUAAACAUUUGGACUUUUCCCUGUGGUUUUGCUCCACGUUACACAAUAAUUUAAAACGAUUUAAGCCUCUUUAUUGGUGACAUUGUGAAACUUGCUCUUUUUUCUUAAGAACUGUGAAGCUGGGUUGUUCCAGGAUUCUGCAUUUGGGUGAGACGUAGACGUAGGCGGGUAUUGAAAACGGUUUGGAGUCCAUCUACAAAAGUGAAGUCAGUAUUAUCUGAUGGGAGUUGAUAUUAUCUCCGCUGAUGAUUUACCGACUCCUUCUUGGAAUGAUCAAAGCAAAUCCUCUGCAGAAGACACAGGGAUUGUCCUGCUGUAAAAACAUGACUUGUUCGGUGUGGAAAACUUUCUACAUGAACCGGUUUGUUUCCGCUGGGAGAAUAAUGUUACUGGAGGAGAGGCUUGGGACAUGCGGACAUACAGGGAAGCUGCACAGCUCUGCACUUGAGCUUCCUCAUUAUCAACAAGAAAACAAGCUGAGGAAAUGGCGUCGUCAUGUUUUUUAUAUUCUUCCUUGUUAACCAGCGUACCAGCUAAUCAGGCUGGAGUACGAGGCAACAGCUGCUGCCACAGUGACACACUGCAGGAUCUAGGCAAUGAGAGAGAUGGUAUUAAAUGCAUAGUCAGUGAUAACUCAGCAGUCAGAUGGGACGGCCCAGUUUGACAUGCAGAACUUUAACAAGCAGGCGUAGAACGUGCCUCAGUGUUAGCAACAGGUAAAGAGCAAUAAUGUUGUACAUAGGAACAGCUUUUAAUGGUUUUAUUGGUAACAUUUCUGACAGUAACACUGUUUUUCAAUGAGUUGUCAAUAAAGCUAUUUAAUUAUGGCAGCACUAAGAACUCUGGGUAAGCUUUUAUUGUGUAGCAGAAGGCAGUGAAGGUCUGACAUGUCACAUAAAAUCCUGGAAAAUAAAUGACAUGCGCAAGGAUUACAAUAAAUAUCAGCCUUUAAAGAAGGGAUAUUAUGUAAAAUCAACUGUUUUGAGCUGUACUUCAUGUUACAAUGUUAUUCCCUCAUCAAAAACAUACCUGGAGCAUUGCUUUGAUUCUUGAAGGCAUGUUUAAGAAAUCCUUUAAUCUCCCAUGGCAACCAUUCGGGGAUGCUCCGCCUAUUUCCACUAAGCUCCUCCUCUGAGCUGCAGUCUCCAGCCAAGCUCUUCCUCAUAGAGCACCACUCCCCCCCUCAGCUCCUUCAGUCUAGUGGCAGCAAUUAGCAAACACCUGAUGGAACCGCACAUCCACUGAGCUCAUCAUAGGAGCUACUUCUCAGUGAAACACUCCUAAGAACGGUUGUAAAGAGCAUAACAGAGGAGCCAUGUUGUGAUGACUUUCUGAGGGCGAAGUGUUGGAAAGAGUAGGAGCUUCUUAAAGAGACAGAGGCCUAAUUUCAAGGCAUUAAACUUCAAAGUCAAAUUUGUUUUAUGUUUGCUAUAUAUAGCAUUUUUCAACUGAAGCUAACAGUUACUUGUGUGUAUGUGCAUGGAAAAUACAUAAUAUCCCCUCUUUAAAACUAAGAGUUUUUGUUUUGCAAACAGGUUAUUUCACAAUAAUCAAAACUCUCUUGCUAGCUGUUAGCAUCUUGUAAAUCAGGCUAUUUGCAUUCCCAAAGCUCCCAAAUCAGACCUUUUGUCCUGGGGACUAAACUGUUUGGUCUGGUAGUCAAGGCUACAGGUGAGUAGAAGAUGAACCAGCAGUUGUUGCCUUGGUGAAAAUGUGCUGCUCCAUUUAACAUGCUAAUGUUAAUACGUUGGUGUUGACUUUAUUAGCCCCUCUGGGACAUGAUGUGGCACAUGUGAAAUGGUUUUAGACAUGUUUUUAACCUGAAGCGUGUGCAGUCUGCUGAUCAUGGUGAACUGAACUCUUAAAAUUUAAACCAUGAGUUUACAUAACUGAAUAAAAGGACAAAUUUUUCAUUUUCUCACUGUCUGAAGUUUAAUCAGAUCAAACAUCUCUUGUUUUAGCCUAAUCAGAAUCACCACAAUUCUACUUGAUAAUUGCCAGUAAACAAAGUGAGGAAAAUGUUUUUAGAGAUUAUUUUGUAAUUUUCUUCGUAUUCAGAAGUUUACAUUUCCGUUAUCAGGGAUAAUUGUAUUUUGAAGUGUAUGACUUGAGUCAAACCUCUUGGGUUUCCUCUCAGAGGUUUCUCACAGUAGUUUACUGGAGUUCUGAUGGUCACACUAAAACAUUGACUUUGUCGUCCUUAAGCCACUUUGGCCGGAUGCUUUGGGUUAUUGUCCAUUUGGAGCUUUAGCUUCCUGGCUGACAUCUUUAAUGUUCUUUAUUCAUAAUGCCAUUACUUUAUGAAGCGCACCAGUUCCUCCUUCAUCAAAACGGCCCCACCACAUGACGCUGCCUCCCCCAUACUUCAGUUAGAACGGUGUAGAGGCUUCCAAGUGUCGGCCUUGGUUUCCUCCAAAUAAGGUUUCCAAAGCCAUGACAUCAUCACCAUCAUCAUCAUCUGGGCUUUCCCUUCUUGUUUGAAGAGAUAGUAAUCAUUCUGUAUGUACACAUCUGAUUUCAAAGAUAUUAAUAAAUAAAUCUCUGUUUCAUUCUCCUGUUUUUGCAGCAUUUGGUAAAUAGAAAUAAUUUUGGUAAUUCUAACUGACCUAAAGCAAGAAAAGGUUAGUCUGAUUUGACUUCACACAGUGAGGGAAGAAAAUGUGUGUUUUUAUUUAGUGUAUGUAAACUUCUGGCUUCAACUGUAGCUGCUUUAGGUUUUCCUAAUAAUGUGCUGCAUUGUGAGGUUUUAACUGCCUUUUCUUAACCUUUCUGUAAAUCACUGACUUCAGAUCUGUGGGGAAUACUGAGGUGGGCUGAACUUGUAAAAAAUAAAGUGUUACUGGUGGCA